GAAUACAGUGUCCAACUGACAUUCCGAGAACAAUGGUUAGAUGAACGACUUAAAUUCGACGACAUACAAGGUCGUCUCAAGUAUUUAACAUUGACCGAAGCAAAUCGUGUUUGGAUGCCGGAUUUGUUCUUCUCAAACGAAAAAGAGGGACACUUCCACAAUAUUAUCAUGCCAAAUGUCUAUAUCCGAAUCUUCCCAAACGGCUCCGUACUUUAUAGUAUACGGAUAUCAUUAACAUUGGCGUGCCCAAUGAACUUGAAAUUGUAUCCAUUGGAUCGACAAGUUUGCUCGCUACGAAUGGCUAGCUACGGUUGGACCACGGCUGAUUUGGUGUUCUUGUGGAAAGAAGGUGAUCCGGUGCAAGUGGUAAAGAAUCUGCACCUACCACGCUUCACAUUAGAGAAAUUCUUAACCGAUUACUGUAACAGCAAAACCAACACAG